AUGAGUCUCUUGCGGACAUAUUCGUCUUCCAAUAUUAGACACAGUUCGGUGAAUUCACCGGUAAGUUCAUUGCAGUAAUAUGGCAUACAAAUUACUGUAGAUGUUGGGUCGUUCCUGGUCUUGCAAUGAUCUGAGUCAGACGGCCAAGCCCAAAAGGGUCCAUCAACAAUAUCAGAGCACUUAUUUCCCCUCAGCAUAUGUGCGCGACUUUGGAAUUGUAAGCUCAGAUUUUUCGUGACGAUUCAAAUUACAGUAUUCCGACUACUUUUAUCACUCCGAACAUUUCAACGGACCUUACUACAGUCAGUACAAGUCCUAUCCCACCAAGUACCGUUACAACGACUACUGGUCAUACCCCGCUACGUACUGGGCUUCGUACAAGAACUAUAUCACUGAUUACGGCCUGCCCUUUCAUCGAAGCAGAAACCACGAUUCGAUCUACUACAACCAUCUUCGUUAUGGCACUUACUAUUCGCCUUACCAACAUCACAUUUACUGA